AUGCCCAUCUACGACAUAACCCACUACCUCCCCAUCGAAACCCUCCCACCCCCGGAAACCGACAAAACAUACUACACCAAACCCAUCCUCGUGCUCAUCGUCUCCCUCAGAAUCAACGCCUGGAACAAAUACCUCUCUCUCAUCCGCAAACUCCAGCGCGAGGCCCGCCUCCUCUGCGUCACAAACGUCUACGACCUGAACGAGCUGGUCGACGAGCACGCAGACGAGAUUGCAGGGUUUGUGGUUACAACGGGGGAUAUCAUGCUCGCGGACGAGUACGUUCCUGUCCUCCCCCAUCGUCACAACAACAGUUACAAAAACCCAAAGGAAAACUCAAACUCAAAUGGAAUUGAAAUCGAAGAAGGAAUGAUAGAAGGCCUCCCCACCCGCCUCGCCACCCUCCUCAAACACCCACCCGCGGCGCACAACACCUACUCCCUCGUCUUCGCCUUCGAGUUCCCCCGCGCAGCAGCCAAAUAUCCCACUUCCUUUACAGCAUUCAUGCAGACUUACUUCGGGCUGAACUGGAGCAUCGCAGGGACAUCGCGGCAGAGAGUAGCGAUGGAGCUACAGCAACACAUUCUGGGGAUGUUGGCGGCGAGGACGUACCGCCGGUGGUUCAAUAUCCGGGGUGUGUUUCUGCGGGGGGUCCCGAGGCAGGAGAAAGUGUUGGUGAGUUGCGAGGACGGAGAGAUUGAGUUUGGGGAGGGGGAGAGGAUGAAUCGGUGGACGCUUUGGCAUCGGAGGCCGUGGAUUGAGACGCCGGAUACGGUUGGCGGGGAGUGGGAUGAGAUUCAGUCUGAGGGUGAGGUUGGGGGGGAGUCUGAGGGGGAGGGGGAGGUGGAGGAGGAGGGAUAUCUGGGUGAUUGUGAGGAGAUGGAUGAAGAUGAGGACGACGAAGAGGAAGAUGAAGAGGACGAAGACGAAAAGCUUCGUGCUGACUGCCCCGUUGCCAUCCACGAGGUCAAACCCGCGAACAAAACCGAAGCAGAGGACGGAGGAGCAAGCUACGUUGCCUUUGUCGGUCACCUGGAGGACAGCCGCUCGAUGGCCUCGUUGAUACUAGGGAUCUGUGGUAUCGAGAUGGACGAUUCUGAAUAA